AUGCUAACGAAAUACAUCACCGGCGUCACAACCGCCUUCUCCCCCUUCAACGCCCGCUCCGGCAAAACCGUCCGCAACUUCCUAGCUUCGCUACCACCCAAUGCGCGGUCCAGUAUGGCGAUAAGUGUGAAGUUGUUUGGGCAGGGAGAGGCAGAGAAGCCGGCGAGUUUGAGCUUGAAAUUCAGUACGUUCAGAUUGCAAGGCGAGAUCUGGAAGGGAGGACGGCAAAGAAAUGCAGCUCGAUCUGGAGAAGAUGAAGAUAAAGGAUAUCCAGGUGGAAGUGGAUCGGCACUCGAGGAUUUUGAGGAGGAAGGAGGAGCUAUCUGGGUAGAUGGGUGGAUGAUGCAAGUGAAGUGA